AUGGAGAGGGCCAAUGGCACCACAGUGGAGGAAUUCAUUUUGCUGGGAUUUGGAGCUGAGAAGCAGAAGCGAUUCUUCUUUCUGAUUUCUUUUACCAUCCUCUACAUCAUCACUUUAGCUGAGAACAUCACCAUUAUCACAGUGGUAUUCCUUGAUGCCCACCUGGCUCACCUGCCCAUGUACAUCCUGCUGAGCAACUUCUCCUGGCUGGAGUUGUGCUAUGUAUCCACAACUGUGCCCCGUAUGCUCUGUGACCUGGUGUCUCCUCCAGGGCUGAUCUCCUUCCAUGCCUGCUUCCUCCAGAUCUACAUGUUAUUCUCUCUCGGCAACACUGAAUUCUUCUUCCUCUCAGCAAUGGCUUUGGAUCGCUACUUGGCCAUCUGCCACCCACUGCACUACUCACAAAUCAUGUCCCCAAAUUCCUGCUAUUCCCUGGUGGCCAUUUGUUGGGUCCUUGGCUUCCUGGGAUAUGUUGUCCCAGUUAUCUUAAUGUCCAAGCUAUCCUUCUGUGGAUCAAACAUCAUUGAUCAUUUUUUAUGUGAUCCUGUGCCAGUCCUGUCCUUGGCCUGCCCUCCUCUUGGAAAUGCCCCCCUUAUGUUUCAAGUCUCCAUGGAAUCUUUGUUUUUAGGCAAUGUCUUCUUUGUUGUACUAUCAUACAGCAUAGUAAUUUUCACCCUAAUGAAAUCCUCUAACCAAGGCAGUCGUCAGAAGGCCUUUUCCACCAUAUCAAUGCACCUGUUAGUGGUGACCCUUUUCUAUGGCACAGUGGGAGCAAUGUAUUUAAUUCCAGGUGGUGAAAGCCAGUCAGCCAUCACCAAGGCAGUCACACUCUUCUACACAGCCGUUACACCCUUUCUCAACCCCCUGAUCUACUCUCUGAGGAACGAUCAGGUGAAAAAAGCUCUGGGUAGGUUGCUGAGGAGAAUGUUGAGACUGCUGACGACAAAGGUCAUGGCUUAA